GGCGUCUAUAUUAAGAUCGCCUUCGGCCGGCCUCGGCCCGACAAUAUGCGCGCGCGCACACAGACCCACGUCUCAACAAAAACCAAACGUAGUACAUAUUAUAUUUUUUCUCGAAUUCGAAUUUAUCCAACGUGAAACGAAAUUUAACUGUGAUUUGUGAUAACUUCUUUAAUAAAGACGUAUUGAUAAAAUGUCUGUGAAGUGAAAUCAAAGUGUAAUUUCUUUUGAAAAGUGAAGACGGCUUACCAAAAUGAAGUUCACGAUAGACGUAUUGGGCAUUUUUCUAAAAGUAGUAGUUAGGGUAAACAAAGUGACCUUCGCCCCCCUAGUGGUAUCAACGCUCUUCAUCCUCCUGACGUCACUACUAGCGCACUGCGCGCGGCGCUUGGUGCAGAAGCUAGUUAAGGAGUCGUUCGUUCGCGUGCUUCUAGAGGAGGCCAUUGCUGCGGCUGAGUUAUGCGGCUGCUGCUUUGAGCUUAUUAUUGUGGCAGACAACUUUGGCGUGGGCACGUAUGCCAUAUUCCUGUUCGCGCUUACAAUCUGGUGGUCACUCAACUGGGGGGAGGCGACGGCCUGUCCGUACACCCAUAUUGAAGAUAUUAUUGAAGGCAAAGGCGAUGUCCGCAAAGCCUUACUGAAGACCUGGGCAGAGCUUGCCGGCGGCCUGCUGGUGUUCAAAUACGUGCAGAUGUACUGGGCUCUGGAGAUCUCUGAGACACACAAGGACAAGGCUUUUGAGGACUGCAAGGCUGAUUUACAGGUCCCAGUUCUAUACGGCGCCGUGGUGGAAGGCAUAGCGACGUGCCUCUGCCGCCUCGCUUCCAAAAGCCUUGGAGACCUCAACCCUCGCUUCGCGACCGCCAUUGACUCAUUCAUCGGGACCUCUUUAGUUGUUGCCGGGGUCCUCAAUAGGCACACAGUUUUCGUCUACCGGUAUCAGGACAAUUUUAGUGCCAAUGACGACCUAAGCGUGUCCAUCUUUUGCAAAGUGCAUUUAGGAAAAGCAUUCGAUUAUUCCGGCGGCUACUUCAACCCAGUCCUAGCUACGUCGCUGAAGGCCGGCUGCGAUGGGCACACCCUUCUAGAACAUGCUGUGGUCUACUGGAUCGGGGCUUGUGCGGGGUCUAUCCUCUCCGUGUACGUGUACAAGAUGCCGGCCAUACAAAAAUACCUCGCCCCUAGCAAUACUGAGGCUAACGGUGACAGUAUUUGGGAUAACAAGGAGGAUUAAAUCUGAGUUUUACUGAGGAAGGGUUUAUUCCAAGAUUUAUCUUUGAACUUGUGUUUUAGGAUCAUUAUUUAAGAAUAAAAGGUGUUCCUUUAACAAUUGUACGCAUACUUAUACGAACUAACCUAACCUAACCACAAAAUUAAAAUUUUGAAAAAACCCCCGACUGCGACAUAGUAGACCGAUUUUAAUGAAACAUGGCUAAGAACACUCCCGACUAACUCAGCUUUCAGACAAAAAAAA